CUGUGUUGAUUUGCUAACCUUAAAGAAGAGAGGAGCUAGUGAGCAUGAGAGCGGGCAGUGUGAACUGCUGGAGCCGGCUGCCGUUGCGGCUCUGACGGCAUCUCCUCACUCACCUCCAGCCUCCAUACAUACAUGCCGGGGGACAGCACACAGGUCCAUUGGUUUCCGAGUUUGGCCCACCAUAUCAAGCAACAGAUAGACUAAUGACUAGACCCCAGGAGAAUUAUGGAUUUGACUAAUAUGGGUAUGAUACAGUUGCAAAACCCCAAUCACCCCACGGGGAUUCUCCUGAAAGCCAACCAAAUGCGGUUGGCGGGGACGCUCUGUGAUGUGGUGAUCAUGGUGGAUACUCAAGAGUUUCAUGCCCAUAGGACAGUAUUGGCUUGUACUAGUAAGAUGUUUGAAAUACUUUUCCACCGUAGCAGCCAGCAUUACACAUUGGACUUUUUGUCGCCAAAGACUUUUCAACAGAUUUUGGAGUAUGCUUACACUGCCACUCUGCAGGCCAAGGUGGAAGAUUUGGAUGACCUCCUGUAUGCAGCCGAAAUUCUAGAAAUUGAGUAUUUAGAAGAGCAAUGUCUGAAGAUUCUAGAAACUAUUCAAGCUUCAGAAGAGAAUGAUGGUGACCUUUGUACAAGUGAGAGGGCCAUGGAUGACGAAGAAGACAGAAAAUCGAGAUUUAUUAAAAACAUGUUGAACGCAAAGCAUUCCAGUGAAGAAAGUGGUUAUGCCAGCAUGGGCAGUCAGAGCUUGGUGGAUCAAAGUCCAUCAGUGUCAACGUCCUACGGACUUUCUGGUAUGAGCCCAACCAAGACUGCUGUAGAUAGUUUAAUGACCAUUGGCCAGUCAUUGCUUCAAGGAGCACUGCAACAAAAUGCACUAGACUUGCACUCCGCCGGCAGACUUCAAAGUCUUGCAGAGGUGAAAACAGAAGUCAUGCAGGUUGAUGAAGGCACCAACCAUGCUAGCCCAACUGCAGAAUCCAGUGCAUCUGGAGACAAAUCCGAUGAAAAGGCCAAGGAGAGUCCAGGAACCCCAACCCGCAGUAGUGUCAUCACAAGUGCUCGAGAUCUGAGCUUUAACCGUGAUGAGAAUGCUCCUGAACAGUCUUUGGAAUUGAGUCAAGGUUUUACCCUUGGACAAGAUCAUGCAAUUUCCCACGCAGAGAAGCAUCUUAGCGUCUACUCCGUCCUACCAAACCAUAAGGGUGAAACGAUGCUUACUGUGCCAACAUCUAUGGCUUCUGCUCUUCACAUGCAACCAGCACUGGCUGUAUCAAUGGACUUUAGUGCUUACGGUGGACUUCUUCCCCAAGGCUUCAUUCAGCGAGAGCUGUUCAACAAGCUAGGUGAAAUUGCCGCUGGGAUGAAGAACGAUGGUAGAAAUAUGAGUGAGCGAUGCAGUGUGUGUGGAGCAAGCCUUCCAGACAAUGACUCCAUUGAACAUCACAGGAAGCUGCACAGUGGUAUGAAGACGUACGGCUGUGAGCUCUGUGGAAAGAGGUUUCUGGACAGUUUGCGACUUCGAAUGCAUUUGCUGGCUCAUUCAGCUGGAGCCAAAGCCUUUGUAUGUGAGCAGUGUGGAGCACAAUUCUCUAAGGAAGAUGCAUAUGACGCCCACCGGAGGACGCACAAUGGCUCUGAUAUGGCGGUAUUCUGUCUCCUCUGUGGGAAACGUUUUCAGACUCAGACUGCUCUCCAGCAGCACAUGGAGGUCCACGCAGGAGUGAGAAGUUACAUCUGCAGUGAGUGCAACCGGACUUUUCCUAGCCAUACCACACUAAAACGCCACCUUCGCUCUCACACAGGUGAUCAUCCAUAUGAGUGUGAAUUUUGUGGAAGCUGUUUCCGGGAUGAAAGCACACUGAAGGGCCACAAGCGGAUCCACACGGGAGAGAAACCGUAUGAGUGUAACGGCUGUGGGAAAAAAUUCAGUCUAAAGCACCAACUGGAGACACAUUACAGAGUUCAUACAGGUGAAAAACCAUUUGAGUGCAAAUUAUGCCACCAGCGCUCACGAGAUUAUUCUGCCAUGAUCAAACAUCUCCGAACCCACAACGGAGCCUCUCCUUACCAGUGUACCAUCUGUCUGGAAUACUGUCCCAGCCUAUCUGCCAUGCAGAAGCACAUGAAGAGCCACAAACCCGAGGACAUCCCUGCUGACUGGAGAAUCGAAAAGACCUACUUGUACUUGUGCUAUGUUUAAUGGGAAAACUCAAAUUGUCCGGGAGGUGUUUUUGAAAGUGAUAUUGGGAAGUUCGAGCAAUACAAACCUCUAGAAAAACAAAAGAGCAAAAAAAUCAAACACAUCCAUCCUUUUGGCUUUUUUUGUGGAAAGCAUAGUCCUUUUGAAAAGACUUGCCAACCGUUUGUUUCCUCUCCCCUAUGUUCUGUGGGUUUUGCCGCAUUGUAUACCCGUGUUCCCGAUCAUUCGUGAGAAUAAUCUUUAAGUUUACUUUCCAGAAUUGGGUAAAAGAUUAAGCCUGAAAUGGUUUUCACGUGGCGGAACAGUUCUUUAACCCAGUAUGGUUUCUGUACCGAACCAUAGCAAAUUUUUGGAUUUCCAGAAAUUUUCAAAACUGAAACAAUUUAAUUCAUAAUUAUAACAAAAAUAAUUUGAGUUUUUUCAAUUAACAACAUUUCAUCAUCUCAAAACAAGUUUUAGAUUUGGCCUUAUGAUCUAGAUUUAUUUGGGAUGAUUAUAGUGACCAAACCAGGUAAACUGGAUUGUAUAAAAUGAGUAUUGUGCUCUAGUAUGGAGCAUAAAUUGUAAUACCACUUGGUAUUCACCUGUCUUUGUAGCACUGAAGGGGGAGCUAAAGCCUCCGAUUUAGGUUUGCCCUCAAUCCACUUAGUUCAGUUUGGACGUAGAGUUGGUUCUUAUUCUUCCUCAAAUCCAUCCACCAUUUUCUUAAAAGUGAUGGAAAUGUGGUGGUGGUAAUGGCUAGGAAGAGUUUUGAAGCUGAGCACUUUGGAAAGUACUUAUUCUUCAUAAAUACGUAGGCUAUUUCAUUGAGUUGGAGGCAACUGACAAGGGUUGAAUAAUAAUAAUAAUAAUAAUAAAAUUUAAAAAGUUGGGUGUUAUUGUGAUAUUCAUUUAAAAAACGCAUAGUAUCAGAAAGAUCUCUUGCUUCCAAGUUGAUGGCAACCUGACCAAACCUUUCAACAUUAGAGCCACUAUUGUAAAUGGAUGUGUUUGGUUAAUUUGUACAUUUCCCAUUUCUCCAUAUCAAAAACAAAUUGAAUUCCCAACAUCCUCUUGUGAUUCUGCCAUCAUGUUUUCAGAGGCCAAUUACAUAAUAGGGGGCUGCUUCUAUGUAUAUAUUCUGAUUGUUUCAUUUUGUUGUUCUGUUUAGCACAUUUGUACUUGAAUUUUUAUUUUUUAUUUUUGAUGACCUCAUGUUUAGUGAUGCCUAAUUUGAGGCAUUUUUGUUUCUUUUUGACGCAUUGUAUGAGAAACGUGCCAAAUUGAGAGAGGGCAGGAUGGCGGUGUGUCAUUUUUCUUUGAACUGUUUUUGUUUUGUACCAAAUAUGGUAUUAAAUCUAGGGUUGACUUGGCCCUUUUGCAUUACA